UAUACACACAUGCAUAUACAAUUCCUCCCCUCGUAUCAUCUCGGUGCAUUCUGUAUGCUUCUGAUCUCCCUCUCUCUCUCUCUCUCUGCUUCUUAUCAUCUAAAAGCAAACUAUGCUUCCAUGGCUUUCGCUUCUUCUUCUCUUUCUUCCUCUCCUUCUUAUCAUCGCCGUGAAACGGAGACAGAGACAGCUACAACCUCCCGGACCGCCGUGACUUCCGGUGGUCGGAAACGUGCAAAACAUCGGAAAGCUGCCGCAUCAAACUCUCUGGAAACUGUCGAAGAAGUACGGUCCCGUGAUGCUUCUGCAGCUUGGAAGAGUCCCCACCGUCGUAGUUUCUUCCCCUGAAAGCGCGAAACAAGUCUUGAAAGUUCAUGACAUCCAUUGCUGUAGCCGACCUCUCUCGGAAGGUACGAGGAAACUGUCCUACAAUCAUCUCGACGUGGCUUUCUCCCCCUUUGAUGAUUACUGGAAACAGAAGCGGAAGAUUUGUGUUCAGGAACUCUUCUCGACCCAACGAGUCCACUCGUUUCAACCCAUCAGAGACGAGGUGAUCCAGAAGCUAAUUGAUUCCAUCUCCGAGUCAGCCUCUACGAAUUCUCCGGUCAAUCUGAGCCAGAAGUUUAUGUCUUUUACAGCAAUCUUGACUUGCAAGGCAUUGUUCGGGACGAGUUUCCAAGGAAGUAAGAUUGACAAUGACAGGUUUCAGAUGUUGGUCCACGAGGCAUUGCAGAUGUUGGGAAGCUUCUCUGCUUCAGAUUUCUUGCCGCUGGUAGGUUGGAUCUUCGAUUGGUUCACGGGUUUACAUAGACGAAGAGAGAGAAGCGUACGUGAUCUCGACACGUUUUAUGAAGAAAUGAUAGAUCUGCAUCUUCGAGAAAACAGACAAGGGGAUGAAGAUUUCGUCGAUGUGCUUCUGAAGUUGGAGAGGGAACAAGCUGCUUUAGGGAACGCCCAGAUCACAAGAAACCACACCAAAGCCAUCGCAAUGGUAAGUCCGAUUCAAAUCAAAGACCAUCUGAUAAGUAAAGUGCUAAACUUUGACAAAAAUCUGUGUCUGCUGCAGGACAUUCUUAUUGGAGGAAUAGAUACUUCUGCAAUAACCAUGACGUGGGCUUUCAGAUGACGACGGAAAGAUCGCCGGAGAAGAUGAACUUGACAGUAGAGAGAGAACAGUUAUAGAGAGAGAAAGCUUAGCGAGAGAAAAAUGAUUUGUAUUUAGUCGUUAACCUGUUUGUUCAAUACACUGGAGUUUAAGUACUCUGUUUGAAAUACAAACCAUCUACUUCUACCA